AAGGGGUCUAUAUCUGAUUAUGAACUGUUUGCUAAACAAGUAUUCUUAACUCUGGAUAAUUUAAAUCUGAUAUGUUCCAAGUUAGAGUCUAUCCAAAAGAAAUUAGAAUGUAUUAAUUUUAAUUCUGCUGAGUUUCUGAAUCCCACAAUUGGAAUAAUGCCAAAAGAGCAUCAAAAAGAAACAGAUAAGUCACAGCCUGUAAUUAGGCAAGACCAAGUAUCUGGACAACACUCAAUUGCAAACAAAAGAAUUAAAUCAUAACCUAAUUUGAUGUUUAAUAGGCUUUUCCUUAAUCUCUCCUUAUUAUCCAAGAUAUUCGCUUAUCCAAGGUUCUGCCGGCUCAUUUAGCUUGGAUAAGUGAGACUCUACUGUACAAUAAAUUCACAGUAUAGUAACACAUCUUUCAAAAGUUAAAAUAACUUAAAACAUAGACAGUAAUCCCAAUCCGUGGUCAAGCACCAUAGGACAUGGGCCAUUUUAAGGGGAAUGGAAAUCUGAAAAUACAUAUUCUUUGGUGACUAGGGAUGGGAACGACUAAAGGUAAUAAAGUGCAUGGAAUGGCCAAGGCCUAGGUAAGGCACAUGGACAAUUAAUUAUUGGUUAUGAGAAGGCACCUGGGAACAUCCAAGUUUUCAGAUCUUUCCAGAAGGAAAUCCAAGUUCUAUAGUAAAAUAUACAGGAACAAGGUGGAAGACGUUGUGUUCCUACAUGUUCUGAGAAAGGGUGACUUCUUGGUCAAACUGUUGGCAUAUUAUGGUAACCACAACUGGAUGAAGUACUCGACUUAAUGAUGUGGCUUUGCAGGAGAAACAGGACCAAGAUGUGUCAUUCCUAGUGAAAUAAAGAAACCAGGCAUGUCAAAGCCUGUCAAAGUGGUCCAAUACAACAUUAACACAGAAGAAUUGUAUUCGUACCUGAAGGAAUUUAUCCACAUGCUUUAUUUCAGGCACUUACUGGUAAACCCCCGAGACCGUCGUGUUGUGAUUGUGGAGUCAGUGCUGUCCCCUUCCCAUUUCAGAGAGACACUCACAAGGGUUCUGUUCAAGUAUUUUGAGGUUCCUUCUGUGCUCUUCGCCCCGGGUCACCUGAUGUCCCUUUUGACCCUUGGGAUUAAUUCAGCCAUGGUCUUGGAUUGCGGUUACACAGAAAGUCUGGUGUUACCUAUUUAUGAAGGAAUACCAGUUCUGAAUUGCUGGGGUGCCCUUCCUUUGGGAGGAAAAGCCAUCCACAAAGAACUGGAAUACCAGCUGCUGGAACAGAGCACUGUGGACACUGGAGCCACCAAAGGACAGAGUCUCCCAUCAGUGAUGGGUUCUGUUCCAGAAGACAUUGUAGAAGAUAUAAAAGUUCGUACUUGCUUCGUGAGUGACCUCCAGCGAGGGCUAAAAAUACAGGCAGCAAAGUUCAAUAUGGAUGGCAGUGCUGAGCGACCAACCCCACCUCCUGAUGUAGAUUAUCCGCUGGAUGGAGAGAAGAUUUUACAUGUCAGUGGAGCCAUUAGAGACUCUGUUGUUGAAAUACUCUUUGAGCAGGAUAAUGAAGAAAAAUCAGUGGCCACAUUAAUACUGGACUCACUUAUGGAGUGUCCAAUAGAUACCAGAAAGCAGUUGGCCGAGAACUUGGUGGUCAUUGGCGGCACAGCGAUGCUGCCAGGAUUCCUGCACAGGCUGAUGGCCGAAAUCAGGCACUUGGUGGAGAAGCCCAAGUACAAGGAGAUCCUGGGCUCAAAGACCUUCCGAGUGCACACUCCGCCUGCAAAGCCCAACUGCGUGGCCUGGUUAGGAGGAGCCAUUUUUGGGGCCCUCCAAGACAUCCUCGGGAGCCGUUCGGUGUCAAAAGAAUACUACAACCAGACAGGCCGCAUUCCCGACUGGUGCUGCCUCAAUAACCCUCCUUUGGAAAUGAUGUUUGAUGUGGGAAAAACACCUCCCCCUUUGAUGAAGAGAGCCUUUUCCACGGAGAAGUAGAAUUUUCCCUCUGGGACAGGAAUUCAUUCCACUUUAUGGCACUCCCUUCCUCGCUUUUCUUCCUGAUGCUGAACUGUCAUAGAACUGAAUGCAGUUCCGGAUCAGUGGACACAAAGUUGACCUCUUCUGUCAGCUACACCAACCUUAAACGACACCCCAUUGUUGUGCUUAUUUAUUGUGUACAGUAAUCACCAAACAAGGUCACAAGACUUUGGCUUUUAUUAUUAUUUAAAGCAUUUGAAACUGAAGCUUCUCUGAGCUCAGAACUGCACAUGCAACUAUCUUUGCCAAUGUAAUGUUGUAGUUUACUUUAGUCAUCUAUUAAACAUAGAAAAAUGAAAUUGUA